AUGAGGCCAUCCGACGACCAUGGAGAAACCUCUGAAUUUCUCCCAAUAACCCGCUCUCGAUCCGUAUCCGCCGCAUCUCAAACCUCCACCGACUCGAGUCUAUCCACCGAAUCCCUCUUCCCGGGAGAACAGAAGCCCUUUCCCAACGUCAACGGGACAAUGGCGCUGGCCGACGAUGACCAAUACCGCGACCUCGAGGACGGCGAGGUGGAACAAACAGAACCAUUCCUCGCGUCGUCCAAGAAAGCAGCUACCGGAGGCGGUCGCGCACGGCGGAUAUUCUGGAUACUGGUUCUUCUCUGCCUUGGAGGCUGGCUGCUUGCCUUUGCGCUGUUUUUAACGGGGGGACGAGCGAACUACCAGACUGCCUCGGACGCGUUACAGGCGCACGGGGCCGACUCGGCGUUGGGUAGCACGAGCACGAGCUCCGGCAAGCCUGUCACGCUGCAGCAGGUGCUCGCGGGGCAAUGGAAUCCUCGGUACCAUGCGAUCGGGUGGGUUGCGGGGCCGAACAAUGAAGACGGGUUGCUUGUUGAGAAGGGUGGGGAUGAGAAGCAGGGGUAUCUCCGGGUGGACGAUAUCCGGAGUCGAAAGGGCAACGACACGGGCCGGGAGAGCAGGGUGCUGAUGUGGAAGCCCAUCGUGCACGUGGACGGGAAGGCGAUUGUUCCCAGCAACGUCUGGCCGAGUCCGGACUUGAAGAAAGUGCUGUUGAUAUCCGAGCAGCAGAAGAACUGGAGGCACUCGUUCACCGGGAAGUACUGGGUGUUGGACGUGGAUUCUCAGACAGCGCAACCGCUGGAUCCUAGUGCUCCGGAUGGUCGAGUGCAGCUCGCGCUUUGGUCUCCUGCCUCUGAUGCGGUCGUCUUUGUUCGGGACAAUAAUCUGUAUCUGCGGAGGCUGUCGUCGGACAGCGUUGUCGUGAUUACCAAGGAUGGUGGGGAGAACCUUUUUUAUGGUGUUCCCGAUUGGGUGUAUGAGGAGGAAGUGAUUUCGGGGAACAGCGUCACAUGGUGGUCGAAUGACGCCAAGUAUAUUGCUUUCUUCAGAACAAAUGAGACGAGUGUGCCCGAGUUUCCGGUGCAGUACUACAUCUCGCGACCAUCGGGGAAGAAGCCUCUUCCGGGGUUGGAGAAUUACCCCGACGUCAGGGAGAUCAAGUAUCCCAAGCCUGGGGCCCCGAACCCAGUCGUCGACCUGCAGUUCUACGACGUUGACAAGAACGAGGUCUUUUCCGUUGAAGUAGCAGACGACUUUGCCGAUGAUGACCGCAUCAUCAUUGAGGUUUUGUGGGCGUCCGAGGGCAAGGUCCUUGUGAGAUCGACCAACCGCGAAAGCGACAUUCUCAAGGUGUAUCUGAUUGACACCAAGUCCAGGACAGGCAAACUGGUGAGAUCCGAAGACGUUGCCGGUCUUGACGGUGGCUGGGUCGAGCCUUCGCAGUCCACACGCUUCAUCCCGGCGGACCCCAACAAUGGACGACCGCACGACGGGUACAUUGACACCGUGCCGUACAACGGAUACGACCACCUUGCAUACUUCUCGCCACUUGACAGCCCCAACGCCCUGAUGCUCACAUCGGGCGAGUGGGAAGUGGUGGACGCACCGGCUGCCGUAGAUCUGCAACGCGGCCUGGUGUACUUUGUCGGCACUAGGGAAGCACCCACCCAGCGCCAUGUCUAUCGUGUGCAGCUGGACGGGUCGAAUCUCAAGCCUUUGACCGACACUUCCAAACCAGGCUACUAUGACGUCUCCUUCUCACACGGCACAGGCUACGCGCUUCUCACGUACAAAGGGCCCUCUAUCCCAUGGCAGGCGAUUAUAAAAACGCAAGGCGACGAAAUAACGUACGAAGACCGCAUUGAAGAUAAUGCACAGCUCACCAAAAUGGUAGAGGCGUACGCGCUCCCGACUGAGAUUUACCAAAACGUCACUGUCGACGGCUACACGCUGCAGCUCGUCGAGCGCCGCCCUCCUCACUUCAACCCGGCCAAGAAAUACCCUGUCCUGUUUUAUCUGUAUGGCGGACCGGGCUCGCAGACCGUGGACCGCAAGUUCACCGUUGACUUCCAGUCCUACGUCGCCUCCAGCCUGGGCUAUAUCGUCGUGACCGUGGACGGCCGCGGCACAGGCUUCAUCGGCCGCAAGGCUCGGUGCAUUGUCCGCGGUAACCUAGGCUUUUACGAGGCGCACGACCAAAUCGCCACUGCGAAGAUGUGGGCGGCGAAAUCAUACGUCGACGAAACCCGCAUGGCGAUUUGGGGAUGGAGCUUCGGCGGGUUCAUGACGUUGAAGACUCUUGAACAAGACGCUGGCCAGACCUUCCAGUACGGAAUGGCGGUUGCACCCGUCACGGACUGGCGGUUCUAUGACUCAAUCUACACGGAACGAUACAUGCACACCCCCCAGCAUAAUCCCAGUGGAUAUGACAACUCGACCAUAACCGACAUGGCCGCCCUGUCCGAGAGCGUCCGCUUCCUUGUCAUGCACGGCGCGUCGGACGACAACGUCCAUCUACAGAAUACCCUUGUGUUAAUCGACAAGCUGGACUUGUCGAACGUCGAGAACUACGAUCUGCAGUUCUACCCGGACUCGGAUCAUAGCAUCUACUUCCAUAACGCGCACACCAUGGUCUACGACCGUCUUUCGGACUGGCUCGUCAAUGCAUUUAACGGGGAGUGGCAUCUGAUAGCAAAGCCCGUGCCGGACGAGUCAAUGUGGGAGCGUAUGAAGCGGUCGCUGCCGUUAUUGUAUCCUUAG